AUGCUCUUUUUGGGAGGGUCAACUUGGAGAAGAGUAGGAUCUUCAGCAGGGAAGAAGGUGAGGACCUUCGGAGUUGGAGGAACCUGCAAAAGACAAGGAGGAAGAAGCAGUCGUCAAGCUUCAGACACCGGUGUGGUGCCUACCAAAGGCUCUCCGAUACUUAAGUCAGCUAUAUGUGGUAAUUUUGGCAGAGUAACAGUAAAUGUUCGGCAGUCGGGAGCUUCAGUAGGUUUUUACUGCUUUGAAAGAGUGUCUUCCUUCGGCAGGGAAGAAGGUGAUGACGUCAGUCACUUUCUAGGGAUUUGUCUGUGUGUCCCUUUGGGGUAUUUGAACAAGGGAGAAGGCGUUUCUGCCUUGCUGCUAGCCGUUUUGAUGCUGGAUAUGCUCGUGGGAGCCGUAAGGCAUUCCCUAGUCCCCCAAGUUGGCAAGCUAGAAGUUGCGGCAACCCUUGGAAGGUAUGGGAGUAGCUGGGUGAUCCCUUGGGUUUACGAUAUGAGCCUUGCCGUUCGGCAAGGGUUUGGUUUUGGGUUUGUGCCAAGUGAAAACUUGGUUUAG